CUGCAGCUGUGCUUGGCUGUCACCCUCCACACAGAGGGUGUCUCUGCCACCACCCCGGCCCCGCUCCAGGACAACUGCUCAUUGACAAAGGUCCUUGAUGUUUUCUGAGGCACCCCUCAUGUCGAACAAGGGCAGGGAUGGAGAAGAGUUUGAGGAGUUAGCCAGACCAGAACCUCCACCACAGAAGCCUGUCCACAGACCAGGUAAAGAAAUGUACACUCAGGAGAGAAGGCGGACCCUCCAGGAGAGGACAAUGCCUUCUCAACAGGAACCUCCAGUUAGGCAGCAAGUCCCGAAGAUGAUGCCCAGAGAACCCAGUCUCCCUGCCAGAAGCAUGUCUCUGCGAAAAGCUAUGUCUCUCCAGAACUUGAGCCAGAUAGAGACACCCUGGGAAGGGGUCACCCUCAACCGCUGUCUGUUCAUAGCCAUCACCAUCCUGCUGUUCAGCACUGUCUUUCAGAAACUACACGAAACCAUAAAAGGUGGACGGGGUGUGGAGGAAGAGGAGUAUGACAUUGCACUGACUGUGAGGCGCUCUGCGCUGAGACACAAAGUCCAACCACAGGAGGUAGUGGUACAGACAUACAAAAUACUCUCCCGUCUCUCUGGGCUCAGAAACCUCAUUCCCGACAUGCCAAAGACAUCUCUGUAUGAGGUGCUCUUCUGGUGGUUACCUGACAUUGAUGACGAUAAUGAAGAAGAAGCUGAUGAAGAGGAAACCAAACAAGGUCGAGUGAAGAAAAGGGUUCGAGAGAGGUCGCUGAAGGGCCUGAGAGGCAAUGGAACACCAGAGAGAAAACUUGUAAAAGGCAGAGAGGGGAAGACAAAAGAUAAGAGGGCCAAGAGAGAGAGGGAUGAAGAAACUAAGGGAAAGACAAAGGGAAAACAGGCCAAGCUGGGAGAUGUGGAAAAAAUGGAUGAGGAAAUAAAAGGGGAAGAUGAGGUAAAACCCAAGAAGCUACAAAAGGUUAUGAAAUCAAAAGCCAGCAAAUCUUAAGGCAAACACCACGCUGUCUGAUUAAAUAUUUAGUAAAGGAGUAUGAUAGAUCUAGUUCGCCAUUUGUAAAUUGUAUAAUGAGGCCACAUCACUUACAACUAAUACAUGCUGUUGGCUCAUUGGCAGCCAUUACAAGUGCCAGUCAGGAGAGAAAACCAGUUCUUAGUCUGCCACGUACUUCUUGCUUAAAAUAUUGAAUGAUGUGGUUUGUAUUGUAAAGAUGAGACUUAAUUGAUUAAUUGUAAGGGUGCUAUUGUAAAAUAACUGCUCAACUGGGGCCUCUUUAUAGCAAUGCUGGAUGUUUCAGACUGCCUGGGCAAUUGAUGUCAUUUUUUUACUAACACUGUAAAUACUGUACUUGAAAAAAAAAAAAAAAUUGUAACAUCUCAUUUCUGCUACCUUAACUCCAUCACAAAGCAUUGGACACAUCAAUAAAGCUUUCCCUGUGUA